UGACACGUUUUUUGGGAGUAGAUUUCAUCAUCCCUUCAAGAUGGCGGUGUAAUAUUUUUGUGGCAUUGUCUUGCAAACGUAUUUUCCUGCAAUUUUCUUGCAGCCAUGGCACCCCUCAACUCAACCCGAUUAUCCUCCGACAAAAUAGUUAUUACCGAUGGCACGAACAUACACAAAGAAAUCCAAGAUGAAUGCGAUCAACGAUUUUUCCGGACUUCUCUCCCUCGAGGAGAUGGAGUUCUUUCCAAAUCUCGACCUUUGCCUGCCUCUGUACGAUGACGGCACAAAUGAUGACGUCUUUCAGAUUGUAGCAAAAGACAACGAAGAUUUCUCUACGGGAGAAAUACUUCAAGAGCUUGAUCUUCAAGGUGGAACCGAGCUUUUAGAGCCAGACUGGUUCACUGAGAAGUUUGACUUAAGCAGCUUUGAACCUUCAAAUUUGACUGAAACCAACACCACUCUAGAAGGAUUAACACAACUUGAAAAUUCACUGUGUGGAAACACUUUUCCAGAUUUGAAUGAUGAGCUUUUAAUUCCAUUACCAGAGGAAAACAUAACCAUCCCAGCAGAGAUGCCUUCAACGCCUGAACAAAAAGUUCCAGAAUUUCAUGCCUUGUCGCCAUACAGUACAAGUAGUGAAGGGUCAUCUGGAGUAUACGAGUCUAGCCCUUCUUCACCAUGCUCAAACUAUUCUGACAACAGCAAUGACAGUACUGUUUCUUUGAAAGAACUCUUGACCUCAAGUGAUUCAAAAUGCAAAGAUACAAAAACACAUGCAAAGAGUGUUUCACACAAGAGGCCAGCCCCCUUCACCGGGCCUACAGGUAACCUACAGCCUCCUAAGCGUGUCAAAACACCUGCUCAAAAGCAAAGAAAACGUGUUCAAAAUAAAGAUGCUGCUACAAGAUACCGUGUGAAAAAGCGUAGUGAACAAGAACUUCUUUAUGAGGAAGCUGAAAAGGCAGAGAAAGAAAAUAAAGAGUUGAAGGACCAAGUUGCAUCAAUUAGCAAAGAAAUUGAAUAUUUGAAAAACUUGAUGAUUGAAGUGUAUAAAACUAAACAGAGACAGCAAAAGGCUAACUAGCCACUUCAGCAACAAAAUAUUAUAUACAUAUGCCUGUAAAUAUGCACUGCAUGCUGCCAACUCAAUAUUGUAAUAUAGAUAAUCACUUUGUAUUGAAACAUUAAAAUAUUUCAUCAGGUUCAA